GGUGAAACUGCUGAGGUGAGGGGCGCCGUGCUGCUGCUGUGGGUCCACUUCUGUUUAUACCAGUUGUUGCAAGAAUGGAUGAACUACUACAUUGGAUUGAAAUCAGGGUGACGUCAUCUUUGAGACCACGGGCUGAUGACCUGAAAGCUCUGCUUCUAGAUCGCACAUACAGGAACAACCUCUGUGAAUUUCUGAAGAAUGAAGAUGUCCACACAUUAUAUAUUUUUUUCAAGCUUGAAAAGGCAUCUCUUGCAGCCUCGGUUCGACCUCCUUCGACAUUACAGAGUAAAUGCAUAUGCUUUGUCAAGCUGGCAUCUGCAAUUACACUCACAACUGAAAACAUAGGUAAUCAAGUGAUAUCUGUGGACUGUGCUAAAUUUCCUCUAAGGUACUUUGACUCGGUUCUCCAUCAAGUCUUCCUGCCACUCCUCAGCAACGACAGUAUUACAGUUGAAUCACAUAGCACUGAUAAGAUUAUUGAAAUUUUGCAUAGGUUCACUGGAAACCUGGAAGUUAUAGCAGGCCAUGCAGAGGGCUCCAUUGUGCUUCCCAUUCCCUCAACUGAACUGCUACAAAACACUACAUUACUCAACAAACAAGGAGCUGCAAUACACAUUAUGGAAAGCACAGUAAUUGGUUGGAUAAGGCAGAUCAAGGUUGUACUUAAACAUGACCCCUUUGCAGAGAUCAAGUCCAAGGGGGUAUUUGCAGGGAUUUACCAUGAAAAAGAAAUGUGGGAAGUUCAUAUUCACAACCUAGAAUCUAUCAAAAUGCAGUUAAAUUCUGCUGAAGCCAAAGAAAUCGUCUGCCACCUGGAGCAGGCAAAAAGUAUGUAUGGAAAAUCCAUUACAUCGGUGACUCAGGAUGUGAAGAAAGCACAUAAUGAAGCAACAGAAAAUUUGGCAUUUUUGAAAACCCUAACUCAUUGUUACGAUGAGCUGAAGUCUGCUGAGACUCCAAAAGAGAAGAAGAAAUGCUUCUUUCUAAUCUUACAUAAUUUAUACUUGGUUUGGAUACAUUCAAGAUAUUAUCAUCAACCCAAGGUAUUUGCAAAUCUUCUCAGGCUAAUGUCUAAUGAAGUGAGUGAGAUAGCAAAGUGUCUCUUGGGAACUAAUAUAUUAGACAGUCCUCAGGCUUACAGUUUGCUUAAGGAAGCUUUAAAAAUAUGUGCAACUUUCCGCGGAAAUUAUCUUGAUGUAAAAAUUAAGGCUGAUGAAAUCAAUGUGAAUAAGAUGGAGGAAAUUGCUUCUCUAAACAAAAACAAAAAGUCAAUGGAAGCAUCUCAGAGCGUUAAGAUGUAUGAAGUUCCAACUCCAUGGGUGUAUGGACGCGACCAAUUCUCUGAUUAUAAGAAGCUGGAAAAUGAUGACUCUGUUUGGAUAGAUUCUCCCUGGCCUCUGCACAAUGCUCCCUGUUUUCAGAAUAUGAACAUGUUUAUGGAACGGUGCAAUGAUGUUCUUGAUGUGGUGGAGACAAUGAAACAUUUUGAGGCUUUAAGUGAUGUAGCUGUGAUAGGCGGUGCAGGAACCCCAAGUUAUGAUGCCAUGUUACAAGAAAUCUGGAGCUCAUAUUGCCAGGCCAAAGAAUCUUUUAUGAAUCAAGUUACAGAUGUUUUAACUGCUGGUAAAAACAGUACUUUUCAGAAAGCAUUUUUUGACUUGAGAACUACAAUAAAGAGCCUGGGACAUCAGCUCGGAAAUAUUAUUAGAAAUAGUCUUGAUCAGUGUCCUACUAUGGCUUCCCAGCUCAAGCUGCUGGAAUUGUUUGAAGGAGUCACCAGAAGAGAUGUUGUUAAGGAUCAUCUAAAGGAUAAAGAUCACUGCCUUCUUAAUAUGUUUCUAGAAGAACUCAGACAGGUGAAAGACAUGUACCAAACAAUGGCAAGCAAUCCACCUUUGCAUUUGAAUAUGACUCCCACUAUCAGUAAACUCUUAUGGAUAAAGGGACUUCGAGCAAGAAUCUAUGAUCCGAUGGUGAAGUUGAGGACAGUGUCACCGUUAACUCUUGAAGGGGACAAGGGCUGGGAACUAAGACAUCUCUAUACUGAACUGUCCGAUGAACUGGAAAGAUUUGAGAACAAACUGGUGACAUCUUGGCUGUCUGCUGUGAACAAAGAACUGAAUGACUCGUUAAAACUUCCAUUACUUAAGUCCUCUGCUUCAAGCCAUGAUCCUGUAGAAUAUCUGUACGCAAUAGAGGUCAAUCUUAACUCCGAUCUGCUGGUCUACCUACGUGAGGCAGAGUACUUUCUGAAACCUCCAUUCACGUUGAUGCUCCCUGAAUCAAUUGGAUGUCUUAUCAGCCAUAUGAAUAACAACAGGUUUAAAGUGCUUUGUACUCGCUUGGAAAUGGUGGCAUCCAAGUACAAUGAAGUGCUAAAAACAAUUUCUCAUCACCAGAGGGCGCUGUUUGAGAAGAAAUUACUGAAGAUCUCUGAGAUUUUGAAAGAUGGAAUGAACGUUUUCACUUGGAGCAUGGAUGAGAGCAUGGAUUAUACUGAACUUGCAACUUCCUACAUUUGUACAGACCUCUAUAAGAACUUCAGUAUUGUUACAAAUAAUUACAAAUCCAUUAGCGAGAUCACUGCAGCAUGGUGCACAGCAAAUCUUGAUGUUUUUACAUGCCGGGAAUCCCACAGGAGCUAUUCUAUCAGUGAAUUAAUAUCCGAGCAAAAGAAAAUUGAAUAUGAGCUGGAAGCGUUACUCUUUCCUGAUGGACAAAAAAUUCACACCCUUGUUCAGCAGUCCUUUACAGCGUGUUGUAUUAGUGAAGCAUCACCUGCAUGGCAGGAAUUCAUUAUGCACAUUGAUGCCAUCGUUCUGCAAGGUCUAAAGAAAGUUACUAUAUCUAGCCUGGCUGCACUGCUAAAUACAUUGCUGGACUACCAUUAUGUACCUGCUCUUAGCAUCGACGUUGAAUUGAUUAAUGGUGAAGUCGCCUUUAAUCCACCACUUGAUAAAAGCACUUCUGAUACAAGUGUGAUCGAGAAUAUAGAGGAAUGGCUUAAAAUGUUUCUCCUUAGAGGUUCACAUAUAAAGGGACUUUCAUCUACAGUUAAGGGAGGAUAUCAAGUAUAUGUGUCAGAAGAUGAUGACGCUUUGGAGUUAGUUGGCCACAUACUACAGCAAGUGGACAAUGGUGUUAUUGAGUGUCAGGCAUUUUUAAACGGUUUAAACAAAUAUUCCUAUUUAUGGAAGAAGGAUGUUCAUGAACAAUUCCAAGAUUUCCUGCAUGGAAAGCAAAUAGUUAAGACAUUACCAGGACAGGAACAUGCUGGGAAUGAGCUACCACUAACAAACAACAAUGGCUCUGCAGAUAUAAAGUCUCACGCUAGUUCAUUGAUAGCAGCAGAAAGAGCAUUUAUUCUGCCUGCAGUUACAGCAGAGAGUGAUGGACCACUGUUAGAAGACUUUGACUCUAAAAUCUCUGCUUACAAGGAUGCCAGAGACAGCAUUCAAAUACUCCCAGAUCAUCAGCAAUGCAGAUGGAUUCUAGUGGAUUUUCGUCCUAUCAAGCAGGUUCUUAGUGCUUAUGCCCUCCAGUGGAUGUGGAUCUUUACAAAGUACCUCAUAGACCAGACAACUUCUACAUUAAAAAGCUUAGAUUCUUUUUUGAGAAGUACUGAACCUCAGAUAGAAAGUAUAACAGGGGAAGAACGGGAUACAGGAUCUUUCAUGAAGAUGAUGCGUCUUUUUAAUGAGGUUUCUUCCAAGCAAGUGGAAAUGGAGGUGCAGUUCGCUGUGUUGCAGAAGACAGUGACUCUUUUAGGAAAGCAUCUGAUGUCUCUUCCAGCAGAGAGUGACGUUCUUUAUAGGACAAUGCCUGCACGCUGGAACAGUAUGAAAACCAAGGUGUCACUUGCCAAGCAACGUCUGGGUCCUAGGAUACAGCACGAAGCUGACAUAGUCACCAGGGAUUUAGAACUGUUUCAACGUACGCUUGAUGUUCUGGGCUCUGAUAUUGAGACUUCUGAGGUAUACAACUAUGAAUGCACAUCACGGGAAGCCUUUAGAAUCAUUUAUAAUUUCAACGCUCGGGUUCAAAUCUUGCAAAACGAAGCAAAGGACCUAAAAGAACUUCAAGAGCUUCUGGAGGCUACGGUGGUUGAUUUCUCCAUUUUAAACAACUGUGAAGACCUGCUGCAGAAACUCAGCCUUGUGUGGAAACAUGUAGAUUCAAUUCUUCAAGAGCAGGACAUAUGGAAGAAGGAGUUGUGGCAGAAUAUGAACACAGAUGAAAUUUACAAAAGGACAAAAAAACAUCUAGCUCUUUUGCAGUCUUUUCCUGGAGAGAUCCAAGAAUGGGAUGUUUACAAGAAAGUGUUGGAAGUUGUCAAUAUCAUGCAUAUGACCUUGCCUUUAAUAGAAGACCUCAGUAAUCCUGCAAUGAGGACAAGACAUUGGAACCAACUUGUCCGCCAGACUGGGGGCAUGCUUCGAGUUACUGCCGAUAGCCUAAAGGCAAUGACCCUGGGUGAUCUACUUGCUAUGGACUUACAGAAGCACAUAGAAGAUGUAAGGACAACUGUACAGAGAGCCAUUCGAGAUGUGACAAUUGAAAGCUCCUUGAAGAACUGUGAAGAAGUCUGGCUAAGUAGAAUAUUUGACCUUAGUCCUCACAGCAGACUCUUAUCACCCAGGAAAAUGGAAAAUGAGGAAAUUACCAGUUCAAUUUCUGGUAGUCACUACACCAAAGGAGACAUAAACCGUAAUACAACAACUGGAAAAGGCAGCCGAAGGCUUAGUAAGCAAUCAGACCGUGGAUUUCACCUUUCCAGAAAGACAGGCAGGGGUAGCACGCUGUCCUUAUAUGAGUCUCUGAAACAUAUAGAGGAGUUUGGUAAAGUUCUGCUCAUAAGAAACACAGACUCUAUAUUCGAGGAACUAGAACAUCACCAGUUGGUGUUGACAAGCAUACAGCCCUAUGCAGAAGCUGGAUCCUUCCUGGAUGAUGUGACCAAAUGGCAGAAGAAGUUGCAAGUCAUUGAGACAACUGUUCAUCUGUGGCUGUCUGUUCAGGAGAAGUGGACUCAGAUGGAAGAGGUUUUCUCUACCUUAGCAUUCCGGGUAGCCAUGCCAAGAGAAGCCAAUUUGUUUGCUGACGUCCAUCACCAUUUUUGUCGGCUAAUGAAAUCGGUUGAAGAGAAUACAAACAUCUUGCAGAACUGCACACGAAGAGGGUUGCAGUCUCUGCUAGAGAUGAUGAACUAUAAACUUGAACGCUGUCAGCGUGCUGUUCGACUUCACUUGGAACAAAAGCGACAGGUUUUUCCAAGACUCUUUUUGUUAUCCUUGGAAGAUACUCUCAACAUUGUGUGUUAUGGAUAUGAUCUGGAAGUUAUAAGUGGCUAUAUUGUGAAGAUAUUCAGGCAUGUGCAAAGUCUUAUUUAUCAAACAAACUCUCAAGAAGGUUGCCACCAGAUUGUGGGUGUAAGAAGUUUUUUAGGAGAGGAGCUAUAUCUUACCAAGCCUCUUGAAUGUAGCAGCCCUGUGGAGAACUGGCUUCCACAGCUUGUAAAUAGCAUAAAAGAAUCUCUUCAACAUCAUCUGUGGGCAGCAAUGGAGAACACAACAAGAAGAAGAGAGAUACACAGUGCAGGGGCCCGGCGGGUGGUGAUAAACAAAACGGUCUCCAAAGAAGAAGCUGCAGAAGAGCAGAGAAAAAUGAGUCUGUCCCCGAAAGAAGAAAGUCUUUCCAUAAAAUCUCAAGGUGAUGGACACCAGGAAUCCAAGCAUUGGCUCCUCAAUACACUGAGUGAUGUUGCAUACCUUUAUACUCAGAUAAAAUUCUGCCAAGAAUUUUAUGGAGACAGUGAACAUAGUAAAGACACUGUCCAGGCCUGCCUUAAGAUUCUGACAGAAGGAAUUGAGCAUGCUGCCAAGAUAUUAAAUGAAAUUCCCCAGAAAGACAUUCUGCUGCAUUCUGAAAGGACCUCAAAGGCAGAGUGGAAAGGAAAUGGGCAAGUUGGGGAUACGAACUUGGGCAAUGAGCAAGAAGAUGGCCUGGUUUCUUUUAAACCUUCAUUGUCUACAAAGGAUGUAUUGAACCUCACUAAUCAUAUCCUGCUACUACUAUAUCAGCGUGAUGUUGUAAAAGAAAUACAGUUGGGAGCAACAUCUGGAUGGAAACAAAGCCUGGCACUUUGUUAUGAACAGGAUGAUAACACUAAGGACAUUACUGUAAAGAUUGGGGAUAUUAAACUUCACUAUGGUUAUGAGUACCAAGGGUCAGCUGAGCAUAUGUUCAUCACACCACUAACUGAACGGAUCUUUCUAAGUGUUAUGGGUGCAGUGUCUGCUGGAAUUGAUGCCAUGUGUAUCGGACCACAGGCCUCUGGGAAAAAGUCUACCAUCCAAGAGUUAUCUCUCGCACUGGGAAAACCUCUGUUCAGCUUUCAUUGCACAAAGAACUCAGAUCACAGCAUUUUGAAAGACAUCUGCAAAGGACUAGCUUCCUCGGGAGCCUGGGUUUGCAUAAAUGGAAUUGAACAGCUACCUAAACCAAGCAUGAUGUUGCUAGCACAGUUUCUGACACAAAUUCAAUCAGCAAGACAUUUUGGGAAAGAAGCAGUGACUUUACAGUUGGAAGAAGUCCCUUUAAACCCAGCAGGUGCAUGCAUUGCAAUCAUUAAAAGGUCUUCUUGGGCCACUUUGCCUACAAACAACUACUGUAACUCAUAUCUACCUGAUAAGUUUCUGAAUUGUUUUCGAAUAGUCGGAGUUGGUGAAUUUCCUGUCAGGUUCAUUCUUGAGGCAAAACUCCUUCUAAAAGGAUUUUCAAAUGUUGCGGGUUUGGCUCAAAAACUCUGUGCCAUAUUGGAUUCUUUCUCAAAAUUAUAUAACGCAGAUGUGAUAGGAUUUGAUUCAUCUAUAAAUGGAAAAAAAGUUGGCUUUUCAAUUUCUGAGCUCAACAAUCUCCUUAAUGAGGCCAGUCAUACUCUAAAGUAUCUGUGUAAAUGCCACUCGGAGAACCAAGGUAAAGACUUGGAAAGUAUGCAAGAAAACGUCAAGCAGACCCUUGAGGAUAGAGCAGUGGUCGCUGCAAUACAGAAUUGCUGGUUAUCAAAAUUAUCGAAUAAUGAAGCAAGUGCUUUAAGGUCAUUUAUGAGUGCAGAGUGGCCAAGCAUCCUGAAUUCCCUGAAUGACUCAUGUAACACUGUUAUGUUUAAUAAUGAACCAGAUGGUCUGAUCCCUGCAGUCAUUGCUGGAAAAUAUGGUCCUGGACAGCAGGUUCCCUCAUCUGAACGUACAGAAGAAACCAGCGUCCCGAGUGCCAUAAUAAAAGCUGCAGAAAAAUGUCAUAUUUUUCCCAGUAACACAUUUGUAUCCAAAGUUUCCCAUCUGGUUCAGCUGGCACCAAAAUACCAAACAGUGGCAGUGACAGGGCCCGCUGGCUGUGGGAAGACUACAUGUAUCAAAAUGUUCAUGGAAACACUCUCCAUGCAAGGCAAGAUUGUUAAGGCAGAUACGGUUUACACCAAAGCUCUUCAGACUGGCCACUUAUUGGGGUUUAUAAAUAAAGUCAAUGGGUGGAAUGAUGGGUUGUUACCGCAGUUGUUAAGAACAUGCUGUAAACCUUGUACAGUAACUGAUACUAAGCAAAUGAGCAUUCUGCACUUGGAUGGAGAGGUAAAUGGUGCGGAAAUGGAGAUUAUGCAGAACUUAUUCUGUGGAGAAGAAUUUUUUAUCUCAGCAAACAAUGAGCAGAUAAGGAUCUCCGACUCAGUUCUUGUUUUCUGGGAGCUUGAAACAUUAGCUAAUGUGAGUCCUUCAGUUUUGUGCUGUGUGGGCAUCCUGGCCAUGACAAGUGAUGAUAUAGAUUGGAAAUUGCCUCUCAAAAUGUGGAUGAAAACCCAUGCGGAAGACCGUCAGUUGCAUCUACUCCAGCUUGCUGAGACAUACUUAGAGCCUAGCUUGCAGUUUCUCCGAGAUCACAACAUUUUUCAUAAACUUGAAAAUGGAAGCAGCGGGACACAAAGAGAUGUUUUCCUUUGUGAAGCAAAUGUACUAAGGACAUUCUGUAGGGUCUCUGAGGCUUUGGCACAGCAAGUUCCUGAUAUGCUGGUUGAAGAUAUCAAGAAGUAUUUCAUAUUCUCCUGCAUAUGGUCUUUUGGAGGAUGGUUGGACUCUAAUGAAAGAACUUUAUUUAGCAACUGGUGGAGAAGGACAUUCAGGAGCCAUGCAACAUUUCCUGCAGAAGGAGAAGUCUGGGACUAUCACAUUGACACUGAGACGAGACAUUUUGUCAGAUGGCAUGACAUACUGUCCUCUUACGCCGUUAGUCAUGGGCAAAGUGUGGCCUCUGAGGCGUUCGUUCACACAGUACACAGUGAGCAACUCCUGUACCUUUCAAGCUUGUUGAUUACAUCUGGUUGUCCUGUUCUAUUUGCUGGAGAUGGAGGAUGUGGCAAAUCCGCUAUCAGUCAGGAGCUACUGAAUGGUCUAUGCUUGGGUGAUGUUGCAGAGAUGUCUGAGCUAAGAAUUCCCAUCAACAGUUCUACGGAUCCUCGGAGACUAUGGGGAUGUUUAAAAGACCGAUUAGAAUGGCGACAUGGCACAUUGCAUACACCAGCAGGAAACAAGAAAUUGUUAUGUUUGCUUGAUGACCUCAACCUUGCUAAGGUCAAUGAGGAUGGUUAUCAGCCAGCUUGUGAGUUUGUUCGGCAGCUUCUUGACCAAAAAAGAAUAUUUGAUCCCACCACUUUGAAAUGGAAAACCAUAGAAGGCAUAAUAUACCUGGCAACUUGGAACACAGCAACAGUUUCCAGUUCACCAGAGCAAAGUCGUCUCCUCAGACAUUUCUGUUCCUUUCACUGCAAGUACCCAAGUCAAAGUGAACAGCUUGGGAUAUUCAGCAGCCUACUGAAUGCUCACUUUGUGCCAGGAGUAACAGAACACAAGGUUGACAGUUCAGGCGCUGUGUCUACUAAUCACCUCCAGGAAUUAAUUUUAGCCAUUACAAAAGUUUCAGUAGAGCUACAGGAAAGACUGAGGACUGUGUUCCUGGGGACGUCUCAGCGAUGUCACUACAUAUUUACACUUCGUGACCUUGCAAAAAUAUUCAGAAACAUCUGCUUGUCUUUGGAUGGAAAGACCACAAAGGAAAAGCUUCUGAGCCUUUGGAGACAUGAAUGUGAUUGGGUAUAUGGCCACAGGAUGUCUACUGCAGUGGAUUAUAGCAGAUAUGUGCAGGAGCUGACCAUAACUGUACAGAAAGUUUUUAUAAUUGAAGAAGAGGUUCGGAUCAUUCUAAGUUCCCAGCAGCCCCUCUUCAGUAACAUUGUGGAGGAUGACGGUGGACUAAUCACUACUGUAGCUAGACAGCAGGACACAAAUUUAUGGAGGCGAAGCGAGAAGGCCAGCAGCGCCAGUCAUGUCCUAGACGGGUACCAGCAAACGUUUGAUUUAGUCCAUGUGAAGCAGUUGCUAACAGAGGCGCUGAGAGAAUACAACAAAGUGAAUCCCAGACUGAGCAUCACAUUUUAUCAGUGUGCAAUUAAUCUACUGUGCCGCAUGGCACGUAAUCUUUGGAGUUUCCACGGCAGUGCCCAUACACUACUUUGUGGAGAGGGCUGUCCACGGUAUAGCUAUGCACUUGCCCGACUUGCAGGACAUCUGUCAGGAUUCAAUGUAGUUCAGCUCGGCUCACACACUAAAAUGGAGGAUGAGGAACAGAGAAGUCGAAUUCUCAAAUCUCAACUUGUAGAUUUGUAUAUAAAAGCUGGAUUAAAGGGCCAGAAGACUCUCCUGCUUCUCACAGAAGAGCAAAUAGACCUUACAGCACUAGUUUACAUAACAGAAUUUGUUGUAUUUGGAUCUGUCUCACAUCUUUUUACACUAGAGCAACAGGCAACAGUAGCCAACGCCAUGAGAAGCGAGAUAACUAAUGCUGGGCUGACAUACUCCAAAGAAAAUGCUUGGAACCUCUUUUUGCAGUCUGUGCAGCUGAAUAUUCGCUGGCUUCUCAUUCAGAGUGACACAGGCUCUACAUUUUAUAAAUGGUGUACUGAAUUUUCAUCACUUUUUAAUGCACUGAGCGUUUAUUAUGUCCCUAAAUGGUUGCGAGAAGACCUAGUAGAACAUGCAAGCUAUCAUAUUCAAGAUUUGAGCAUGUUGACCAAGCAGGAAAUUGAAAAUGUGUGUCAUCUCUUAUCAUCCAUGCAUCUUUCUGUCACUGAGCAUGCCAGGUCGACCGACCAAAAUUAUGGAAAUCUAACUAAUGCAAACUUUGAGAAAUUUGUUCAGUGUUUCAGAGCCCUUCUACAAGAUCAGUAUGUCUUAAUAAAGAAGGAGCAUAAGAUGGCUGUGGAAACUCUCAGCUGCAUUGACAAAAAACGUAAAACGUAUGAAAAACUGACUGAUGAACUGACACAUGAAAAGAAUGUACUUGAACAACACAAAGAAGUAACAUUGAAAAUAUUACACCAGAUUGCUCAGGACAAGGCUGUGGUGGAACAGAAGAUUCAUGUUGUCUAUCGACAGUUAGAGAAGAUCAAAAAGUUCAAAUUGCUGCUCCCAGAAUAUCAAGUUGCACUAGAGAAAUCUGAAUUCAAAUGCUCUGCUUUAAUAGUAAAUAGUAAGGAACUGGUGCAAAACAUCAAUAUAACAGCUUUAGGAGAAUUGCGUGCAAUGCAGAAGCCAGGCGUAGACCUUGAAGAGCUGAUGGCAUCUAUCAUUAUAAUUUUGAAGUCCCCUAAUGCUGAUCUGACAUGGGCAAAGGGAGCUAAGAGGCAGAUGGCCAAUAUAGAUCGCUUCCUGAAUGAACUGUCUACUUUCCACACUUCACAGCUAUCUCAGUCUACAUUGGAGCUCCUUGACACAAACACAAAGAAAAUCCAGUUUACACCUGAGAACAUGGAGAGGAAGACAGCUGGUAAUGCAGCAGCAGGGAGUCUUAUGAGAUGGCUCCAAGGUGCAGUGCAGUAUUACAGGAUUCUGACUUCUAAGGUAAAACCGUUACGAAGCAAGGUGUCAGAAAUGACUCUUGCUUUAGAAGAAGCAGAACAGAAAAUGACAACUUUACAGCAGAGAAAGAAGUCUCUUCUUUUAAGACUGGCUGACCUGGAGAAAGGCUUUGAAGAAGCAACAAUGCAUAAAAACAAGCAACAACAACGAACUAUGGAAAUAGCCCAGAAGCUGGAUCGAGCAGCAAAAAUAGCUCAACUUCUUGACGAGGAGAAUAAGAGAUACACUGCUAUUGUAAGCUCCCUUCCAGACAGGCUCAGUGGGAUCCCUGGAAGUACAGCCCUGGCAGCAGGAUUAGUGUCGUACCUUGGUACUUACGAGCACCACUUUCGACAGCUCAUGCUAACAGUGGAAUGGCCCAUGGCUGUAAAAGAGAGAGGUUUUCCAUUCAUGAUAGACUCGAUUGAUCCAGACAAAGGACGCGUGAUUGAGUUCUCAGUUAUAUUCGCCUGUGGAUCUCCAGUGGAUAAUUCGGAAAGCACGUCAAGUGGUGGGCAACAAGAAGAUGAAGGGAAACAUAAUGUCAGUGUGGAGAAUGGUAACAAUCAUACAGACCAAGUCUCUUCAAAUCAAUUGUCAUUGCACAGACAAUGUUCACCCAUUAUUACUGAUGAGCUUUAUAUGGACUUUGUAAAAGCUCUAAUAAUGAGAAUUGUAAAAGCUGAUGACCUUCAAAAAUGGUCCGCAAAAGACUGGACUCCUCAGCAGAUGGAAAAUGCAGCUAUACUUUACUUUUCUUGGCAGCGUCCGGUUAUAUUGAUAGAUCCAUGUUUCAGUGGAGAGAUGUGGGUUCAGGAAAUCCUUAGGACAUCCCUAGCAAAGCCAUUAUCUUCCAUAAAUCUCCAAGCACGUAGUCAAGGAAGCAAUGUUUUGGCACCAAUUGAGAAGACAAUUUCUUCUGGUGGCCCAUUGAUUUUAAGCAACUACUGCAGCAAAUGGGAUGACUUAAUGAUGCCUCUCAUUGACCACUGUUACGCAGCUAAUGACAAAAGCAGUCAACAAGGGUCUUCCUCAAUAAUCUCAUUUAAUGGACAUAGACUUCUCUGUGCUGAUGACUUCAAGCUCUACUUAACUGCCUGUGAACUGGAGCCCCAUCUCAACACUACCAUAAAUUCAGGAACAACCAUUAUAAAUUACAAUUUAUCUAAAGGAAGUCUGCUUGAGUUGCUUAUUAGAAGAGCAUUUGUAAAACUCCAUCCUAAUCUGUGCAACCAGUUUGUUGAAAUGGGAAACAUUAUCUUGAAACACCAGCAAAGCAUAAAGGAACUGGAGAAGAAAAGUAGAGAAUGUUUACUCUCCUCAGAAUUAAACAGUGGGCAUGAUGAUGUCCAUAUUAUUACACUUUUCGAAGAGAAGAAUAAAGUUUCAGAAGAACUUGAAAGGGCUAAAUCAUGUCAUAAUGACCUGCUGAAAAAGAGAGAUGAACUGUACCCGUUGGCACGGAGAGGAGCCCUAUUUUAUUCCAUUUUGCAGUCUCUAUGGACUCUUGCAGAUGAAUAUUGCUUUACCUUAGAUUUCUUCCUGAAGCUAUUUGACUCCGCUUUUGAAACAAGUAAAGAUACACAGAUGAAGGGUGGCAUUGUUCAUGAAGAUGCUCCAGUGGCAGCUCCACCUUUCAGUGAUUAUGAAACUGAUGGUCCAGUCUUUGAAACAAUGAAUCACGGUGAAUAUGCAAAAGAGACUGAAGGUAGUGUACCUGCGUUCACUGGUCGACUUCCCUCCAAACUUGCAGACUCACAUGACUCUAUCAUGUCUCCCCAUGACAUAAGUAAAAUAAUGGAUUCAUUAACCAAGACAAUGUACCAAGCCAUAAUUCAGAGUCUUCUCCCUGAGCAUUGUGUCCAGGCAUGUGCCCUUCUUUUUCUCUAUACAGAACACAUGGAGAAUAAUAAAGUCAUAACAGAGGAAGAGCUUGCUUUCUUCUCAAAAGGUACACCAGGUGAAAGAGAGAACGGUAUAAUUCGUCUUCCUGCAUGUGGUGAUGUGGGAUCUCCGUUGGAUGACUUCCACUACUUACUGGUGAUUCGUGCAGCUUGGCCAGACCGCUUUCCUGAUGCUUUAUGCCGAUAUGUUGAAAGAUUGUCCAGUGACCUAGAAUUUCAUGAUCUCUGCCCAGGCAUUAAUAACAUAGCUGUAUUGGAGGAAAAUACAUUUGGUGUUUUAGUUCUUGAACCUUCUAACAAAGCCAACAUGCAUUCACCUGGUGGCGCUAUAAUGAGAUGCAAAGCCAAAAAGGCAAUUUGCCGUGCAGCAAAGGAGAAAAGCAUACCAUUGUUCACAGUCGGUAUGAUGAAUGGAAAUGAGGAAGAGGUGAAAACGGCACUAAAUGACACAAUGAAUCACAAUGGCUGGCUCAUUAUAGAAAAUCUUCAUCUGGCAUCAAAAGCCAGGCUGAAGAAUCUCUCCAACAGCCUGAAAUAUGCUGCAAAAAUGCGAGUUUCACAGAAAGAAGAGAGGCAGUUCUGUGUGUGGCUUACUUCUGAAUUGGGGGCAUCUAUUCCACAGGACUUCCUAGCACAUCUUAAAAAGGUGUCCUGGCAUUUCCUACUGUUGAACCAGAUGAACAGAAAACCAUUAAUGAGUGAUGUGAUAUUUACUGAUUCCCUGCCACGAGUACUAUAUUCAGCCAUUCUAUCAGCCCUGGAUCAGAUACAGGCAGAGACAUGUAUUAAAGUGAAGAUGAGUCCCUUCACAAUACAAAGACUUUUCUAUGCAGUUUGCGUACUGCAUGGAUUUCUCCAAACGCAAAGAACAUAUCCCAAAACUGGUUUGAACCACUUACUAGAAACAAGUCCUAUGCAACUACAUCAGGCCCUGAAUACAAUCUUGUCUACCUAUGACAAAAUGAAACACUGUGAUAAGAACUUUAUUGAAGCAGUGAUGGAAGAAGUAAACUUGGUAUAUGCUUGUCUUGCUCUGACGACGGACGACGCGGCUUAUAUUCAAGCUGUUGUGUAUAAAAUCCUAUCAUGCAUCCUAGAGAAACAAGAAUAUUUUGUCAUCAACUGCCUAAGCAUUCCUAUUCCAUCUGCUGAUGUGGACCCUGCACAGUAUUAUAGCUGGUUAAUAGACCACAUGCCAAGAGAAGAGUCCCUUUUGUCAAAGACUUCAGAGGGAGUUGCUGACAGAAAUGCAUCACAUUUUCUGCAGGACCUGUCGGGAUUGUAUGAUGCACUAAGACGUUCGCCAUCAAACAUCCUUGAAGAUGGUCAUUCUGUACAACAGUUGGCUGAUUUGCGUGCAGUCAUUGAUACAGUGUUAGAGAAACUUCCUCCAUUGAUACAGGUCUGUCAAGAUACUGAAAGUUAUAAAAAUAUUGAUGGUAUUGAUGAGUCUCUCAAAGGAGGAGUUUCCAUACAUCAUGGAGCUGCCUGUGAGCAAACAAGUACCUUUGUUCUUUUGCAGGAGUGCAAUUGGAUAAAUACAAACCUUAAGCAGAUUAUAAACGCGGUUUCUGUACUAUCACAUUGUUUACUGGGAGGUGUGACAGCAAUACCAGAAAAUUUGAGAGACACUGCUGAGGUUUUAGCGAAAGGAGAGGUUCCCAAUUUGUGGCUUCCCUCACAUAGCUGCCACAUGGCUCAUAACAUUGUCCCCUGGCUGGAAGGUCUGCACAGAAAGCAUGGACAGCUGAAACAGUGGGUGAAGAAAGGACUAAUGCCAUUUGCCAAUGAUGAAAAGGAAGCACUAACCUCCAUAAACCUUGGAGGACUGGUCAACCCAGAAGCCCUGCUUCUGGCACUGAAAGUGGAGUUUGCACUUCAUCAUGGAUAUUUAUUGCAUGAGGUUGAUCUCCUGUGUCACAUUGUAGAAUCUCCAGAAUGUAAACCUGACACUGAGUUUUAUCCGCUCUGCCUCAAGGGACUUGUUUUACAGGGUGCAGCCUGGGAUUUCCAAAAUAAUCUCCUGAAAGAAUCAAGGAACACAAUGCAUCCAUUACCAUAUGUCAUAAUAACGCCUAUACGUCUUGGGAAUAUAAAACCCAAGGAGGAUGGUACUGGAAUUUAUGACUGUCCCGUGUACAUGGACCACACAAUGCAAAAUUGUGUGAUGAGAAUCCCCAUGCCAUGCGCCCAGCCAGUAAGACAAUGGCAUCUAAGAAGGGUGGUCAUAAUCUUAAAUUCAGACCUUGGCAUCACAGUGUCAGGAAGGUCUGUAUUAGCAAUGAAACAAAUGCCAAGAAACAAGCCAAUAAUAAACUCGCUGACAAAAGUGGAUAAAUCAUUACACUCCAGAAUUUUCAACAGACCAGACAAGAAUGGGGAUUGUCUGUUAUCACCGGUGCAAGAACAGGAGAAAUUUAAACAAACUGAUAUAUUUUCUACAGAUAGCACUCCAACCUCUGAUGUAAUAGUUGAAAGGAUAGACAAGUCUAAAGAACCUAAGAAAAAUUUGGAAAUUGAUGUUAAUAAUGAGGAAAAAAUUAGUUUGGUUUCUGGUAAAAUUGUAGAAUCCAGUCAUGAAGAUGAGCAGCUCAUCAGAGAAGAUGUAAGUAAUGGACAUCAGAGAAACUCUGAGCCAGGUUCAAAAGAUGACAGCAAGGACCCGAACAUAGGGAUGUCAGAAGAAACAGGUUUCAUGGACUCUGAUAUAAAUGCAGGGAUUGAAAAUGAGCUCUUCAUUAAGGAAAAUGUAAUGGUGCAUAGAAAUAAUCAUGAUUACGAGGACUCUGAUAAUGAUGACCAUGGCUAUAACAAUGGUAACUUUCAUGAGUCAGAAAAUAUGGAAUACAGAGGAAACUUUGACAAAAAACAACUAGAUACCUUUCUUGAAAGUUUGGAAAGCAGUAAUGAUCAUGGACUCGCUGGAAAUCAAGUAGGAUUCAAUUACGAAGAGGAUUCAAUAAAAAAUCAUGAAGAAGACCUAGAUUAUAAAAAUAAUAGUAAACAUAUUAAUACUAAUGAUGACACAAGGGAGCAUGAUGAUUAUCAGCAAGAGAUGUAAAAUAUAAAAUAAGUCUGCAAAGGAGAAAAUUUGAAGUCCUAAAGUAAAAGAAAAUGUAAUGUAGUUCACAACUAUAAAUCAGAUUAAAAUGCUUCCUGUUGUACAUGUAUUGGACAAGUGCACUAUUUUCUAGUGAUACUUUUGCAAAAUGACAAAUAAUAUUCCUUUGCUAUGAAAUAU